AUGGCUAACGCACGUCCUACCACCGAUGACUUUGAUAUGGCCAAGCUGCAGAAGAGUCUGAAGCAACGACAAAGGAAUUCCAUUCGUAAUAAACACCACGUUGCCAAAUUGAGCCCGGCCGAAAUUCGAUCUUUGAACAAUAGUGCCAUUGCUUCCAUAACGAGCAGUCAGACCAGUUCGAAAGGCACCUCUCCAAGCGCUUCUCGACGUGGAACUACCAAUACACCUCCAGCAAGUCCAGACGAUGGAAAUCCACUGGACCAACGAACCCAUUCGUUGUCACGCAAUUCUAUUUCAAGGAAUUCAAUGACCAAUGUCCCGACUCCUCCGCAUACGCCAAAUGGCCAUCGUCGGCCAUCCAAUUCUAGCACUCAUAGCCACCAUCAUGGUUACAGUUACAUGAAUCAUCAUGGCCACUCCAACGGUAUUAUCUUCGCACCUCGUCCUCGAGGUCAUGCUCAACCCACAUUUAUGGCAUCUAAUGGAAUCUCUUCACGGCCUUCGAGUUCCGGAUCUUCGACAUAUCGAGGUCUGCCCACCUAUAGAGGGCCAGAAGUCACUCGAACUGGUUCUAUGAACAUGUUGCAACGUCCUUCGCCCACAAUUGUAGCCAAUCCUUUGUCCAAUUUUUCUCGACCCAGACAGAGCAUGUUCAGCUCAUCACCAGAACGUUGUCGACACGAUUCUGGCGAUAUCCCUUACGAGCGUACUGGUAGUUUCCAAAACAGUCGUGCCAACUCCAUGCCGAAUGUGAGUGCGCCAUCGUCUCGACCUACCAGUCCACCUAGAGUCAGUGACUCACCUGUAUCUAUGUUGGCCGAAGAUAUGGAGAAAUUCCCUGCUUUUGAUCCGGAUGAUCCACAUAAUCAACCAAAGGACUUGUCCGACGAUGAAGAGAUCCAACAACACGAACGCGAUCUCAACACGACCCGACAACUCGAGAAUCAGCCUUCAGAACAGCCGGUAGAACAAUUGCCUUCACCGGAUCCACAACCCCGUGAAGUCAGCCCAUCGGCAUCUCCGAAGAAAGAAAAGGGCAAGCGGUUCACCAUCAGUACGGCUCUUUUCGGUGGUGGAGACAAAGCACCGGCAAACGGUGAUACUGCAGAUAAGACUGGCAAACUCAAAAAGGCUAGGAGACGAACUCUGUCUUUCACUAAAGGUGGCGAAUCUCAUAAUGCGUCCCCAAAUUCGGAUGCAACAGCCACUCCCACCGAAGGAAGUAUUAUAGAUGGCGAGGCAUUGGAAAAAGGAGAUCAUAUUCCUCAUCCUGCCAUCCGACCGCUCUCCCUGGUAAUUCCGACCGAAGAUAAAGGAAAGGGCAAGGAGACCCAGUCCGCACCUGUGUAUUCGAGAUGCGCUUGUUGUGGUAAGGUCAAGAGACCUCCGGGUUUUUCCAACGAACUGAGCCCUGUGUUGGAGAACGAGAAUUUGCGAACCAAUUUUAGCUUUGAAAUCGAACGGACAUCUGAUUCGACUGGAAGAAGAAGCUCGGAUGCGAGUCGUGGCAAAUUCAUACCCAUCAUCCCGAUGCCUGUGAGCGCAACUGAGACCCGCCAAGCAUACAUUGAACCGUAUACAACUCCAACCAGUCCGGCCAAUCACAAUCACAAGUCAUCACUAACAUCGAGCCCCAGACGGCCCAAAAAACACCUCGACCCGCCAAAAUUUGUCAGAUUCGCCAGUUUACACGGUCGACGCAACAUUGACUCGACAAUCAUAGCAGAGGAAGAUGAAAACUAUCGGGGUUCUGACGGUGAGGGCCAACCGCUUAUGAACGGACAAGUUGAAGAAGAUGUAUACCACGAUGUUGUGCACCAGGAACCGCUCAUCGCCAAGACAGUACCAGUCAUCGAUGGUCCGGCAACAUAUCAAGCGGCAACCCUCGCGGUCCCCAUGGAAGCCGCACCACGCAGAGCAUCUCACGAGACCUCAUCUGACCACGAUGUCUUCUUCACUCCCCAUCGAGGCACAACCCCGUCCGUCGUGGAGAACACGACCCAGCCGCCUCAGAAACUGCAGCAGGCACAACUUCCUUCAUUCGCCCCAGACGCAUCAUUCCAUAGCCUCGCCGAGUCGAAUCUCGGUAUCGACUUCAAAGAUUUCGUCAUCCUUCCACCGACGACCAAUCCUAGUGCCGCAGGCACGGCAACGCUGUUGGAUGGCCCGAACAAAGACCGCAAGUGGACGCCAGAGGUAAUGGCUGCGUAA